GUAUGUUUCUUCAAAAAUACUCAUAAAUAUUUGUUGUCGUGGAACUCUGCCAAUAUUUUAUCAAUCUUCUUUGAUUAUUUCAUUUUUUAUUCAAUAUUAUAAUAAAAUUAUUCAGGGAAGCAUAAACAUACCUUGAAAUUACACAUAAGGAGGUCUUCCAAUUUUUCUUUAUUAAAUUUCAUCAUCCAGGACAAACAUAAACAUAAAUUAAAUUGUGUAUUUUUCGGCAUUACUAUGCGAGAAUCUAUAAAUAAACUACACCAGUUCAGCUAUAAACUGCUACGUUUGAAGCAUUGAUUUUCUCAUCUUAAAAUCAAAAUUAACUUCAGUUCAUUUAUGUGUCAAAAUGAUGGAAUGUGAAGAUUUCAUCCAAAAAUUCCAUUCUCUGGAGGGGGUUACUUUGAGAGAAAAGAAAAAAUCUUUGUUCUGUCUACUGAACAGCAUAACGGCUUUACCGUUCAACACAGUAGAUGCUAUAAUACAAAAAUUGACACCGUGCACAUACCUUGAGGAAACAUUUAAGAUUGAGCUUCUCAUCCACUUCAAAAAGACAAAUGAUCUUCUCCAAAUACUUACCAAAGGGGAAGAAGUUGGUUCAUACAAAAUUGUCCGAGAAGAUUGGUUCAUUAAGGAAAUAAUGAAUGAAUACACACCUGCCCAAUUUAUUGAACAGAUUGUGCCAAGACUGUCUUUUUCUGUGUGUUCAAAAAUUUUCAGGAGAAUAUUUGUAAAUGUAAAAAGUGAAAAUGUUAGAGAGGAAUUUUUUGAAGGAAUACUCAAUAGUUAUGGAAUAUCAUCUGCUCUCAUCUUUUUACCAGGAUGCUCAGAUGAAAAAAUUGAGGAAUCAUUCAAAAAAUAUUCUAUCACUUUUACAGUCAGCCAAUUGAAAUUAUUGUUUCAAAAAAAUAAGGAUUUGAUAAUUAAGUAUUUCGAGCAAUUGAUAGAAAACAGUUUGGAUGUUGAUAGAUAUAAGUGGCGACCUUUUUUCUUAUAUAUGGGAAAGCAAAAUCCCUUGUUUUAUUUCGAAAUAUGUGAAAAGUUUGAAAUAGAUAAAAUCAAACUAGGCAGACAAAGCACUAAAAAAUUCAUCAGUGCCAAGAAGGAACAAAUCGUACUUAAGCCACAUGAUUACUGUAGAGUUUUACGUAAAGAUGUGUUAGUUCGAAAAUUAGGAACAGAUUUUCCGAAAUUCUAUAAAAAUUUAUUGCCUGAGAAUUUUAAUGAGUUUCGAUUUUGUUCGGCAAAAUCUAUAAUCAAGUAUUACCCUAAAAAAAAACAAUAUGAGCUAUACUACAAUGCUUUUGCAGAAGUUUAUAAGUUAAGCCUUUGGGAUCAUAUAGAAUCCAUGGAUCAAAAACUGAUAGAAUUCAUUCCUGAAAAAGAAGAGAGAGAGAAGUGGGUUUUGAAAUUUGAGAAUAGGCAGAAUAUAAAAAAAUAUCUUAUUAAGAAAAAGAAGUGUGCCAUGCACUUCAUAGAAGAUGAUCAUCAAAAUAUAAUACGAGAUAAGAAAACAAUAUUCAAUACAUUAAUAACAAGCUGCAAAGUAACACAAAACUACGACGCUUUCCUCAACAUUUUGAAAUCAUUUCUUGAUCGUCAUAGAAACAGUGAUGUGAUAAUAAUAUAUAAUUUUCUUCGAACUAUUUACAAAGAAUUAGACUUGGCAAAGUUCAAAGGCGAACAUUGGCAAUACAUAUAUGAUAUAAUUGCAAUACAACUGUUUAAGAAACAACAAAUAUUUCAUCCUAUAUUUCUAGAAUAUAUUAAGUUCCAAUAUCUGAACAAGAAUCCUAUUGAAGAGUUUGUAUUAACUUUGUUGAAUGAAGCACCCAUGGAUUUGUCAAAGUUCAAUUACAACAACAAAGACUUUGAGAAAAACCUGCUCUUACUCUUCCUGAAAUUUCUUCCCAAAAUAACUAACAAAAAAAAUGAAAUUAUUAUUCAAAUCACUCUCAGUAUAAUAAGAUGGAAUUCAAAAUAUCCUUUGGAGUCUAUCUGUUUAUCGAAUCAAAAGGAUAUACAAAGCGCCAUAAAGGAAAUAAGUUCCGAAAAAGUCAAUAAAACUUUGAUAAAAGUAUGCAGGUAUUUAAUUUGUACUCAGAAAGAAAAUCAAAUGAGUCCAGAUUUGGAUGAAAUGUAUUGGUCUAAUUAUGAAAAAUUAAAUGACAAUACCAUAACAAAUUGGUAUGUAAAGUAUAAACCCUUAGUUUUGAAAGACCAAAUCAACAGAAUAGAAGCUAUACUGAAAAACAAGAACAAUAGUUUCAUUCGUAAGUUGAAGAAAUAUAGUCAUCUAGGAAUUCCUGGUGCAAUUUCUACGUCUUGUUUGCAAGAAUUGAAAAUAUCGAAACCAUCUAAAUGUGGUCGGAUAGUUAAAAUAUUAGUGCAUUUUAUGGAGAAGUCUGAUUUUCUUUCAUUAAUGCAACAGCAUAUUCCCGAUUCUGAUGAAAGUGUUGGCGAUAUAAAUGAUGAGAGUUCGCUAAAGGCGCUUACUAUUCAACGUGCUUUAGUCAAAUACUCAAAGUUAUGUCCAAACAUGACUGUUCUCCUACCAACUCUAUUGAAAUAUUGCAGGAGAAAUAUCCUAAGCUCUUGUCUCCCAGCACUUUAUAGCAGUUUUCACAGAGUUCCAGAAAAUCAAUUAUAUUCAGCAUUGCAACAGUUGGAGAAUGCAUCUGUGACAGUGAGAAAACAUACAAUUUUCCUCACAAGUCUGAUUCUACCAAUUGAAAAAGUUCUAUGCAAAUACAAAGAAAUACAAUCAACUGAAAAGAACUUUUCUGUUAAACAACACAUGUUUAUGAACUGCUACAAAUAUUUCUUAAGAAAUGAGUUGCCCGAAUGUUGGACUAUUAUUGAAAAUUAUUUGCAACAGAUGAAGAAGGGCGAUAAGGAGUCAUUGAAGAUGAUUACGAAUGUUCAUCUUAUUCCUAGAAAAUAUCGUGCAGCCUAUACAGAAAUGGCAUGGAAUGUUCUUGAAAAAUUCAAAACAAAAAAUGCAUCAAUUGACGAUAACAUGUUUGUUCUUCUCAAUAACUUGAAAAAGAAUGAUAUUAUUCUGUUGAAUACCAAAUUUUGCUGUAAUAUUAUUGAAAACAAACUUUUCGAUGAUGAAGAGUGCUCUUUCGACAAUAGCGUAUCAGAUUUUUGCCGACAAUUUUUUUUAUUCAAUGAGUUUAGUGAGGACAAAAUGAAGUCGUUGUCAGCGUUGAUUCAUCGAUUAAAAAAACAAUCCGUCCAUAGUUUUGAGAAACAAAGAGAAAUUUUGAGUAUUCUCCACGAUUUUUGUUUUAAACUUCUCGCAGAUAUUAUAUCUUCAGAUGACAUCGAAAAUGUUGAUGCAAUGCUACCGAAAAACUUCAACGAUAUUUUGGGGAAACUGUUCUCUGUUGAAGAAAUUUUUGAAGAGAAAUUUCUGUUAGAUUUGAUCACUUUCAAGAUUGAGUCGAACACUUUCAAACAAUCACUGCCAGGUCAAAUGAGCAAACUGUUCACAAAUUUGAAGAAAGAUUACGGCCAUUUGAUAAUGAAACGUUUCAAUACAUUAUUAGGAAAGGUUUUAAAUAUUUUAUAUCCAGAUGACGACUUCGGUGUACUACAGUUUUUGAAUACUUUUUUAAAAGAACAAAGUUCAUUAGAUCAUUGUGCUUUAGUUAUAGAACUUAUGCCCUUUAUUUCAUAUUUCAGUGACAAGCAAACAGAAAAUGAAUAUCAUAAAUUGUUGAAAUAUCUCUAUCAAUAUGGGCAAAUAAUAAAGAUUCGUCUGUAUGGGAAACUGAAAAAUAUGUAAUUAAGAGUAAAAGUUAACAUUGGUUUUUUUGUGUUGAAUUAUAAAUUUUAGUUUAAGUAUUAUGAUAUAUUAUAUUAUAAUAUUGUUGUGUGUCGAAAGGCUUCAGAAAAUACAAUGCUAUAGUUGAUUGUUAUUAAUAAAAUCUUAUAAUGUUCAACAACAGUUUUCCUUACGCGCAAUAUGUGAAAACAACAAUUCCCAGACAUGUUUCUGAUAACUGCAGUUAUCGAAGAUGUCAAUGUGGGAAUGAAUAUUCCCUCCUGGAGAUUAAUUUGCCCGGAAAAAUUU